AUGCCACCAAAGAAAACGAAGCAGCAACAGCCUGUUAAGAAGAAAGACAAUGUCGACAAGACUUUUGGUAUGAAAAACAAGAAUAGAUCGACCAAAGUGCAGAAAUACAUCCAGCAAGUGCAGACGCAGACAGACCCGAAAAAGGAGGAGAUGAGGCGGAAAAAAGCAGAGGAAAAGGCCCGUAAGGAGCUGGAGGAAGCGGAAAAAAGAGCAUUGUUCAAUCCUGCAAUGGAUCAGAGCGUCAGAGCCGGUGUGGACCCAAAAACGGUGCUGUGUGCGAUGUUCAAGAUCGGAAACUGUAACAAGGGUGUCAGAUGCAAGUUUUCGCACGAUUUGAACGUGGGACGUCGUGUGGAAAAGAAAGAUUUGUACCAGGACGUCAGAGAAGAAAAGGAAGAAGAUACCAUGGAAUCGUGGGACGAGGAAAAAUUGAGAUCCGUUAUUCUGUCCAAACACGGGAACCCCAAGACCACUACUGACAAAGUGUGCAAGUUUUUCAUCGAAGCGGUCGAAAACGGGAAAUACGGUUGGUUUUGGGUGUGUCCCAACGGCGGUGACAAAUGCAUGUACAAACAUUCGUUGCCGGAAGGUUUUGUGCUCAAGACCAAAGAACAGAAACGUUUGGAAAAGGAGGCUCUCGAUCUACAGCCCAAGAUUACACUAGAAGAGUUUAUCGAGACCGAAAGAGGACGUUUGGACAAAUCCAAAUUGACCCCGAUCACCGUGGCGAAUUUUGCAGAAUGGAAACAAAACCAUAUUGCGCAGAAACUCAACGCAGAACGUCUUGAAGACAGCAAACGCAAACCUUCGGGCCGUCAAGUCAUGAUGAAAAAGUUUUUGGAAGACAAGAAAUUCGCAGAAGCCGACGAUUUGGAUGCAUCUCAAGGAUCUGCUUGGGAUCUGUCGGAGUUCACUCGGGCUUUGAAAGAAGCAGAAAAUAAGACCGACGAUGGUGUCAAAGAUUACGGUGAUGGUUCAAACCCCACUUUUGACAUCCCGCUCAAAGCUGCCCCUACUGCAUCUGCAUGA